AAUUUUAGGUUAGUGCAUUUGAUUCGGCUUCCUAAUGUCUUAUUCGAAUCCGAAUUACUUUUUGCAAAUUUGAUUUCGUUACGACUUUUGACGAAUUUUCGAGUCAUGUGAUCGAGUAAAAAUGUUCUCUUUUCCUCGUGUCCUUAUUGUCACUUAUCGAUCAGUGCCCUAACCUUCGUGUUAUCGCAUGGUUUGUUUAAGUUUUAGUAGUUCAGUCAGUGCCUCACGAAGAUGAAGUUCGUAAAGACCGCUAGACUGCUCCUUCAAAGAAAAUUACUGCUGCCGAAGCUGACCAGCAGUCAACUGGAGAUUAAUGGUCCUCUUACAGAACUAAGACUCUCUCCAACCAGCCACCCAGCAAUCAGAAGUUUCUUCCACUCCUCCUCCUACUGUUCCUGUUGCUCUUUGCCUAUCACCUUGGUUGAUUCUUUUUCAUACCGCACACUCUCAUACAAUCCUGUGCUAGCACCCCAGGACUUUGUAUCUUCUCGGCAGUUUUAUGCCAAUCAUGGAAACUGUCGACAGUUCUGGUCAAGAAGCAAGUCCACUGAAGCAGGAGAGAAAGAGUCAAGCAAAGAAGAAAUUUCAAAAGGUAGUGAUGAUAUCCCUGAGGAAAAGAUGUCCCUAUAUCAGCGAUUCAAACAUAUGUACAAGAACUAUUGGUAUGUCUUGAUUCCAGUACAUGUCGUCACAUCGAUUGGCUGGGGUGGCAUGUUCUACUAUAUUGCCUCCAGUGGCAUUGACAUACCUGCAUUCCUAGAGUCAGUUGGAGCCACACAAAAAAUAAUCGACAUGAUGCGGAAUUCGCAGACCGGCUAUGUGGCUGUUGCAUAUACAAUGUAUAAAAUUGCCACUCCCGUACGUUACUCAGUUACUCUAGGUGGAACUACAAUGACUAUCAAACACUUAGUGAGGCAUGGUUUGAUCAAACCAGUUGAUAGCAAGAAGAUCCAGCAAAUGUACUCUGAAACAAAGGAUCAAUUCAUGGAAAAACGUGACACAUUCAAAGAAAAUAUGAUGGAGAAAAAGGACCGUAUGUUAUCACAAAUGGCUGAUGUCAAAAAAGAACUAAGCAAGCAGAACAAGAAAUAGUCUCCUUUGACUUUAACUUCACUCACAUCCAAGCGGAACGAUGGCAUGGUGCUUUGACAGCAAGGAGUGGAAUUUUUCUAAGUCGUUGGCUCAAUGCAAAUCUUGAAGAAUUAUAGAGUUGUGAUAGGUUUUUAAGUUUGAGUGUGUUGUCAGGGACGUAGAUGUUAGUAUAGGUGCCAUCGCAAUAUUUAAUACAGAUCGAGGAUCUUAAACGAAGCUGUUGAUCAACUGUUAUCAUAUUCUAAGGCGUGUCUUUCAGUUCAGGAUUCUUACUUAAACAAUUUGGUGCAACUUCAUUCUGGCUUUUAACACAAUUAAUCAAAAUUGACAAGUAUGUUGAUAUUACGUAUGAAGAUUCCCAGACUCGCUAGGAGGUGUUCUGAGGUUUAAAAGCCAUGUGUCUGAGGUCUGACAUUGAGAGGAAACAGCAUCUUCCUGAAAAUUGACCUGAGUUGUUGUAUUGUAUCAAAUUCUCAAGAUGUCUUUUGAAGUAAUGUUAAAGUUCAUGAUAUUUUUUUAUAUUUUUAUAUUGUCUAAAUUGAAGGAGGUGUAAAAAUUGCUUAUUUCACUGCUCCUCAGAUCAAAUUUUUAUGAUCCAAGUUUGUAGACUACCAAAGAAUGUGUCAUUAGGUUUUUUGAGCGGGCAAGUUUCUACCCUCAGUACUAACAGAGUCUUAAACCAUUCUUACCAAGUUUUUUUUUACCUUCUAUUGUAAAAUUUGCCAAAACUUACUUCAGAAAACUUUUUCAUUAUCACAAAUAGCAAUCCUCCAACAGUUAGUAAGGGAGUUUUAUGACAAAUUUAAGAAAAACUGCAUAAUCGGAAAAUAUGAAAAAUGUGAAAAACCUGAUAGAAUAAGUUUGACAACUUACCUUGUUGCCUGCAAAAGUUUACGAUCUUGCCUUGCUCCUUGUAUGUGGUGGAAUUUUGACUGAAAUAUGCAGUCAAUAUCCAGCUUUAAUUUCAGGUUUGCCUAUGUUAGGCUAUGACAUUUUAUCUUCCAGCUCUUUCUUACUCCUCAGUUUCUUUGUUCACCAAAAAUUUUACCAGCUCUUCAUCGAUAAAAUUUUUAUUUUCUUGCUUUUUAUCAGUAUGGCAAAAUCAUUUUUGUAUGUUUUACCAACUCAAAAAACAUCAGUUUCAGCGCCUGAAUGAGAGCGAUACCAUCAUAAAUGAAGCCCUGGGUGCAGAUAGGACAUUGCUUGAUUGUGGUGUCUCAGAAUCUUCGUUAAUGUUUCAUCCAUCGUAAGUGAAGCAAAUGUAAUUUGUUGAAACUUUUACUAAUAUUUUGUAUGAUUUUGCAAUACUCUAAACCAAGAAUUCAGAGAAUCCACUCAAUAGAUAUCUUCCGUAAUUAGAAAUUAGCUGAGGAGAUUCUGAAACACCACAACCAAGACGGCCCUUCCUGCAGCCAACGCCUCAUAAUAUCAUCAUGUGCAUUAUUUUUAAGUAAAUAUGUACAUACUAUCAAAGCUUUAAGAUUUGUUUAAAUUUGUACUUACUUGGCCUUUUCUUGUUUAAUUUGUAUAACCGAGGAGCAAGGAAAAAGUACCAAAUUUAUUCUCACUUUGUUCUCAUUACAGCAGUUUGAAUAACAUGCCCCAGUUAUUUUUUCUUGUCCUAGGUCUUUUCAUCAAUUCUAUAGACCAACAGACCAGGUGAGAUUUUGCGCACCAUAAGAUAUGUUUCCUCUUCAAAACUUUAGGCAGAAAACGCGAAAAAUGUUCAAAAAGUCGCAAAGUAACUGAUAAAUGAGAACUAGUAUUUUACAUACUUCCUACGAAAAUGUCAUCAACUUAGCUUCUCGGAAAACCAAAAUCCAAUAGGUCAAAUGAGUCUUUAUAUUUGACUAACAACUAAUUAAUUUUGAAAAACGUGAAACCUUUUCCACUCUGAUACUUGAUAUUUUGAAGCAAGUUAAAAAAAUGCUGUUUGCCCCAGAAAUUCAUCUCAGCUUAAAAAAACACUGGUUUUAACUAAGUGGCCAAAUUGACACUAGAAGACUUCUUUGAGAGGAAAUUUUCAACUGGUGAACACAAAAGGCGUUUCACACUGAAAAGUUAAAAUCGUAACUUUUGAUGUUUCAAACGUUCGGAGAGAAAUUUUGACGUCGGAAGAUGUGUUUUGGCGAUUGAUUUUCUACCCUACCUAGUAACUCGUCAAAACAAUCAGAGUAAAUAAUACUUCUCCUUCCUUCGUCUGCAAAUUUAACAGCAUCAGCCCCACCUUUUUCUGAGAUAUUUCACUCAUUGUUUUAUUCAUAUUCUAGGUGUAGUCCAGCCGGGUCAUUUUGACUGCCGUGGUUAAAAAAUGGCAAUUUUUUUCCAACUUUUGUGUCUUCUUUGCCACAACCCCAAGCUAUUGUUAUUGCCUAGUUUAUGGUUUUGUAUUGUUACCAUGUUUCAGAUGUUUAUGUAAAUACAUAAAGCUAUGUUUUUUACUCAUA